CAAUUAUAACAUACUGACAACUUAAUAAACUGGAAUGUUACUAGACCUGUACAAAUUGGACAAUUGGUACGGUACAAACAAAAUUUUGUCGAUUGUUGAAAUCGUGGUUCGUGGAAUGGAAAUCAUCUGGAAUUCUGGAAAUUGUGUUUAAAUAAUUGGAAAAGCAGCAAAGUUGUUAAACAAAACAAUAAGUUGACAAGUUACAUGCAAUUGCGUACACUUUUGGUAGUGUGUGUGUGUAACAAAAAUGGCACGUCAGCAACAGACGGACGUCGAUGAGUUAUUUGAUGUAAAAAAUCAAUUUUACAUUGGAAAUUAUCAACAAUGCAUCAACGAAGCUCAAAAAGUGAAGCCAUCUUCUCCAGAAGUUUCACUUGAUCGAGAUGUAUUUUUAUACAGAGCCUACAUAGCGCAAAGGAAAUUUCGAGUUGUUCUAGAUGAGAUAAACAAUUCAUCGCCACCAGAUUUGCUGCCUUUGAAAAUGUUGGCAGAAUAUUUUGCAUUUCCCAAUCGUCGUGAAACAAUUUUACACGAAUUAGAUCAAGAGGCCAGUAAAGCUAAUGCAGAUAAUCACAAUUUUAUGAUCGUCGCAGCUACAAUAUAUUAUCAUGAAAAAAAUUUAGAAUCAGCACUACGAGUCCUUCGGAAUUCCGAUCAUUUAGAAUGCCUCGCAUUGACACUGCAAAUUUAUUUGAAAAUGGAUCGUUUGGAUUUGUCCCGAAAAGAGUUGAAAACAAUGCAAGAAAAAGAUGAUGACGCGACACUCACUCAACUUGCUCAAGCUUGGGUCAACAUAAGUAGUGGUGGAGAUAAAUUACUAGAUGCCUACUACAUUUUUCAGGAAAUGAUUGACAAGCAUUCGACGACAAGUAUGUUGUUAAACGGUCAAGCAACCUGCUUCAUUGGACAAGCAAAGUACGACGAAGCCGAAGCCGCUUUGCAAGAAUCAUUGGACAAAGACAGCAAUAAUCCAGACACGUUAAUCAAUAUGAUUGUUCUCUCUCAACAUAUGGGAAAACCUCCAGAGGUCGCAAAUCGUUACCUCAGUCAAUUGAAGGACUCACAUUUGGAGCAUCCAUUCGUAAAGGAAUAUUUACAAAAAGAAGCUGAAUUUCAACUACUCGUCACUCAGUAUUCCACUUCGGCUUGAAUUAUCCCCGAGUUUUAACAUUCCAGGAAGUAAAAUUCAGGUCUCGUUAUAGAUCAAAAACCGCAUUAUUACAUUAGAUUCUGCGAAAUGGGUAUUUUUCCACAAAAGGAAAAAAAUACUCCUAGAAAGAGAAUAUAUGUACAUUUUUCUGCUUUUUGCAAAGAAAAAAAAAACGUACACUAUAAUCGCUUUCAUGAAAAGUACUUUGUAUUCCAUCCUUUAUGAACUCUCUCAGCAAUUAUUCAUAAAAGUGGAAAAGAGACUGAGUGAUGAAAAAAAAGUGUAUUUAUUAAAAUUGCAGGUAUUAAGAUUGUAAUCGAAGGAAACAGAUACUGCUGCCAUUUUAUAACUAUAGGUCCAUUUAAAAAAAGCCAACAUUUACAAUUUUACAAAUUCAAAUUUAAUAUUAACAUUCAAAUUAAUUAAUUAAUUAGUUAAUUAAUAUGUUCAGUAAUUGACAAUUAAUUGUGACAUUCAACAGUUCUAAAAAGGGGGAGUUUGGACAAAAUUCUGAAUAAAUUAAUUUCUCUAUGAAACGUUUUGUUUUGAAUAUAUGUUGAAAAUUAUUUUUGCAUUUUAUAUAGAUGUUGAUAGUAAUAAUGAUAAUAAUAAUAAUUAGAUAAAUUAAGUUUUAGAUACAGAUUUUAUACAUUUUAAUAACGAGAAGUUAAAAGUAUUGUACUUCUAUAUGUAUAGAUACAUAUAUUCAAAUUUAUUGAUUUUGUCCGUUCCUAAAACAAUGUCAUAAUUAUCACUUCCUAAGACUUUUAACCAAAUUUCCUAAUACACAGAACUUAUAAUAAGCACAAAGGUUUAAUAAAGGUUCAAUGAGUGAUACACGAA